CAAUUGUGGAUCGUGGUGUUCAGGAAAAAUGAGGUCUCUUUUUCGAAGAAAACCAAGAGAAAUAUCUAUGAAUGAAGUCUGCACCGAGCCUGAUUGUCUUCCAAAACCUCCAAGUGAAACAGAAAAUGGAAUGCAUUGAUGACACAUAUGACACGAGGAAUUUUAUUAAUGAUUAAGGAAGACUUUAGUGAGAAUAAUCAACUCAUCAACAAAUAACGAAUCAUGGUUAUUUUUAAAAAUUUGAUUAAAUAAUCGGUAUUGUGUCAACAACGUCAACAUUUACAAAGUUUGUUGAUUUAUCCUGACCAUGAGUUCUUCUCUGGUCAAGGACGCUUUUCUCAAGACAGAUCUUGGAAUUACAAGCGAUCUAUAAUCUAUAUUCAGAAAAUAUGGAAGACGCUGUAGUAGCAAACCGCGUGGGAAUAAUCUAAGCUGGUGUCUUAAAAAGCAUUUAAACUGGCAUGUUACCUUGAUCAGGCUGAGAAUAGAUUGACUGUGGAUAUAAUACUAACUUGUAUAAGACGAUACGAUUGACUGGAAAUACAUCUCAUCUGUCUAAGCCACUUGGCCAGUUCUCUGUGUGUACACACAAUACACGUAUAUAUAGAUAUGACUAAACAAAUCUUUCAAGAUGCAUCUCACAUUAUUUUACGCAUAAGUGCAGUCUAAAAAUGAAAUGGUGAAAAUUGCUGAAAAUCACUAAUAAAUAUUCGGUUACAUAAGUCUUAUACUUCGUCAUCAUUUUGGGAGAGUGAAAUAAUGCAAUAAAUUUGUACAUGUGUAGCAAAUGAGCGAACAUAACACUUCACCUUAUUGACGUUUAUUAUUGUUACAAGUACAACGCUUUGUGAUUCUACGGGGGAGAAUUCGGAGUACCAAUGUUGACAAUAGUACGAGUAGAUCCACUAAUUGUGGAGAAUGGAGAAGCUCACCAUACAUCAAAAUAUGAAAUUAUGAAUCGUGAUGGUGCAGAUGCUAGACUGGUAGUUCGUCGAGGUCAAGAAUUCUUCAUGAGACUGCAUCUUAAUAGAGAUUAUGAUAGUAAAGUUGAUGGGCUUUCUGUUGUUUUUACUCUUGAUGGAGUCAAAAGGCCACAGUAUGGACAUGGUACCUUUGUAGUUGCACCUUUGCUCAAUGAAGGAGAAAUAUCUGAGGGAGCCUGGCAUGCAACGCUGUAUUCUGUAGAAGUUAAUUCUAUGGUGAUAAAAAUUACUUCUCCUCCCAAUGCAUUAGUAGGCAAAUGGAAAAUUGAAAUUGAUGCCAAAAAGAAAAAUUCAGGAGGUGCUAUCAGCUUUAGUGUCAAUGAACCUUUUUACAUCAUUUUCAAUCCUUGGUGUCCAGAUGAUGAGGUAUUUCUUGAUGAUGAAAACAAACGUCAAGAAUAUGUAAUGGCAGAUACUGGACUUAUCUGGAGAGGAAACCAUAAAUCAAUGAGACCAACUGUUUGGAAGUAUUCCCAGUUUGAAAAAGAUAUAUUAGACUCUGCUCUAUAUCUGAUGAUAGAAGUUGGAAAAGUUCGAUCUGCUGCAAGAAAUGAUCCAGUAGUAAUAAGUCGAAUACUUUCUGCAGUCGUCAAUUCUCCAGAUGACAAUGGAGCAGUUAUGGGAAACUGGUCGGAUGACUUUAGUGGAGGAACUGCUCCAACAAAAUGGUUAGGAUCUCAGAAAAUUCUUCAACAGUAUUACAAGACCAAAAAACCAGUUAAAUAUGGACAAUGUUGGGUUUUUUCUGGAGUUCUGGCAACUGUUUGCAAAACUUUAGGCAUACCGUGUCGUGUUGUAACUAAUUAUUCUAGUGCUCAUGAUACUCAAGGAAGUUUAACUGUUGAUUACUUUGUUGAUGCUCAGGGCAAAAUAAUGGAAGAACUGAAUAGUGAUUCAAUUUGGAAUUUCCACGUCUGGAAUGAAGUUUGGAUGAAAAGGCUAGAUCUUGGAGAAGAAUAUCACGGAUGGCAAGCAAUCGAUGCUACGCCUCAAGAACUAAGUGAAGAUGCUUAUCGUUGUGGUCCAACAUCUGUUGCAGCUAUUAAGAGAGGAGAAGUUCUUCGACCUUAUGAUGGAGGGUUUCUCUUUGCUGAAGUCAAUGCUGAUAAAAUAUUCUGGAGAUAUAACGGUCCUACUCAACCUCUUAAGUUAAUCAGAAAGGAUAUUUAUGGCAUUGGAAAGCAAAUCAGUACAAAAGCAGUGGGCAGUUGGACUCGAGAAGACUUAACGCAUGCAUAUAAAUAUCCUGAAGAAUCUUAUGAAGAAAGACAGGCUAUGCUGAAAGCUUUGCACCAAAGUGAAUCUCUGUUUAGUCGUUAUUAUUUAAAUGAGGAAUUUAAUGAUAUUAAAUUUGAUUUUGAACUUCGUGAUGAUAUUGUAAUUGGAAAACCUUUUAGUGUUGUUCUGCUGAUAAAGAAUCGAAGUGUUGAUACAAAGUACAGAGUUUCAGUAAUUCUUCGUGUAGAAGUAGUUCUGUACACUGGACGAGUAGGAAAGCCAAUUAAAUCAGCAGAGACUGAUCGAUUAGUAAAGCCAGGAGUACUGGAAGAAGUUCGUUUAGAUCUUGCUUAUGAAGAAUAUGGACCAAGAUUACUAGACCAAUGUGCCUUCAAUAUUGCUUGUCUAGCUACUGUCAAAGACACCAAUUUUGAGUACUUUGCUCAAGAUGACUUCCGGAUACUUAAACCAAAUAUUGAUAUUGAAAGAAAAACUGAAGCUAUCGUAGGUUACAUUUUGGAAGCUACUGCAGCUUUUAUCAACCCAUUACCAACUCCUCUCAAAAAUGGAAAGUUUCUUAUUGAAGGACCUGGCUUGGAUCAACAGCUAAAGAUUAAGCUUUCUCAAAAUGUUCAACCUGGUGAAAAAGCAACCUGUACUUUUUCUAUGAUUCCUAAGUUCACUGGAAGAUCAACGAUUGUUGUGAAGUUUUAUUCUGACGAACUUGAUGAUGUCGAUGGCUUCGUUAACUUCAUGGUACAACCUGCUGAAGCAUAUAAUUAAGUUAUUUAAAUGAAUAAAUAUAUUUCUUUGUGGUACUUACGUAGAUAGUAUUAAUUUUUUUGUUUUCAUCACCAAAAUGUUGAUUUUUAUAUAAUUUUAUUGUACGAAUUUCAUGUUCUUAGUGAAAAUAUUUCAAGAAACAAAAAUUAUACAGUGAAUUGAUAUUGAAAUUAUUUCUAGUUAUAUUUUUCUGUAUUUUUAUGAAAACUCAAUUUGGAAUGAAUUUAGGUUUCAUAAUGUGGAGCAAAUAAUAUAUUUUUAAA